AUGAGGAAUCCCCGGGAGCUCGCGGACAAAACAAGAUAUUGCCGCUUCCAUCGACAAAACAUGCAUAAUACAGAAGAGUGCCGCGAGCUAAAGCGACAGAUCGAGGAGCUGAUUCGAAGGGGGCAUCUCGGCCACUACCUACGGCAAAAUAAAGAGCUUUCCCCAUGGCCCGAAGGCCCCGUCGAAAGGCAGAUUGAUGUGAUCACGGGCGGCCCAGCAUCUGGGGGAAACAGUAUGACUGGGCGGAAAGCAUACGCCCGCACCCCAACGGCCGGGGACCCCGGGCAUGGGCCCGCGCCCGAGGUCACAUUUCCAGCUGAGAGAGCCGAACCGCCCGAACACGAUGACGCGUUGGUGGUGGCUGCCAGAAUCGCCAACGCCCAAGUGAAAAGGAUCAUGGUCGACACUGGGAGCUCGGCCGACAUCCUUUAUUUGGACGCAUUCCAGAAGCUUGGGCUCUCCCGCGACGCCCUGGUGCCUAUGAGCUCGGCGCUCACCGGGUUCAUCGGCGAAUCAAUUUCGCCAUUGGGCGUGACCGUCCUGCCCUUAACCUUCGGGGAAGCACCGAGGACGAAGACGGUGAUGACAACCUUCUUGGUAGUCGACCUUCCUACCGCAUACAAUGCAAUUCUGGGACGCCCCACCCUCAACAAGCUCAGAGCGGUUAUCUCUACCUAA